UUCGGCGAUUAAUCAGCUGGACGAAUGUUUCGUCUGUAAACACGUUAAUAUUUUCGGUAAUUGUUCCAAUUUUAGAAGUCUUUGAUCUGAUGAUGAAAGUUGACCAAGCAUGACCGACAUAUUACGUGUGACACUCCUUGACGUGUGCCAUGGCAUGCGUGAUGCUGUCGUGGGUUCUCUCUUUGUCUUUCGAGUCGACGCCGAGAUGGCGAAGAUACAAGAGGAGAUGAGGAAGAAGAGAGAAGAGAAGAUGAUGGAAGCCAGGCGAAGACCUCUGCCUCAGAGAGAGAAGAAACAAGAGGAACCUAAAGUAAUGCAUAGAAUCCUCCAAUGCUGUGCCCUGAACGUUGGGGUGUUCUGGCUGAGUCUUGUCGUCUUUAACAAUAUCUUGCUUCCUCUGCUACAGUACGUCACUACAUUCAUUGCAGGUGCGGCGGGGUCAGAGAACUUUGUAUGGGCAUGGAUGAAGCCAAUGCUGUCCUAUACGUUCAGUGCAUUCUGGGUUCUACCCCUCUUCCUGCUAAGUAAGGCUGUCAGUGCGUUAUGGUUUCAGGAUAUAGCAGACCUUGCCUAUAGGAAGUCCAGAGGUCGGCCCCAGCUACCUAGCCUAAGCAGACUCAUAGCAGAUCUUCUUUUCAGUGUGCUCAUACAGAUAUUAUUUCUAUUACAGAGUAUGUUGAUGAGCUUAGUACCUAUAAAAGGAGUGAGCCAGUUCUUGAGUAUGUUUCAUCUAUCAUUGCUCAAUGCUCUAUAUGCAUUUGAGUACAAGUGGUUUAAUAUGGGGUGGGAAGUUCACACAAGGAUAGCUUACAUUGAGACCAACUGGCCGUACUUCUUAGGGUUUGGAUUACCCCUGGCCGUCAUCACAUCACUGCCCAAGUCUUACUUUGUGAGUGGCUGUGUGUUCUCCACUGUCUUCCCUCUCUUCAUCAUCAGCGGCAAUGAGGCUCAGCCUCCACCAAAACCAUGUGACUUCCAAGUACGUCUGUUCUCUUUCGUUGUGGGCGUGGCCAACAAACUAUUCUACCGGACUGUGAAAGGACCAAUCAGAUCGUCUCGGAGUCGGUGAGAACAAGUCCUGUCUCCAUCACACUUGUGAUCAAAGCUCAUGAUGGACAUGACAUUUAUUUGUGACAUUUAUCAAAGAACAAUUCAUCUUGGAGUUGGUGAAAACAACCCUUUAUAUCUAGGACACUUAUGAUCCAAUUUCAUGAUGGGCGAAGCUAUCUGUUGUGAGUGUUGUUGAAAUAAAAUCGUCUAAAAUUUGGUGAAAACAAUCCCUUAUAUCCAGGACACUUAUGACCCAAGAUGAAGGACAUGGAUGUUAUUUGUUGCAUUAAGAACAAAUUGUCUAUGAGUUUGUGAAACCAAUCCCUCUAUCCAAGAUACUUAUGAUCCAGCUCAUGGUGGUCAUGACUUUACUUGUGACACUUAACCAAAGAACAAUUCUUCUUGGAGUGGUGAGCCAGCCUUGUGAGAUUGCCAUUUCAUCAGACAUUCAGACUAUUGAUCCGUUCUUGUUGCAUCCACCAGUCAAUGAUAAUAAUAAUAAUAUGGCCCAUCUAUAAACGUGUAGCACAGCUACUAUAGUUGCAUAUACUCUGCUGAGCUUGAUACUUGGUAUCAUUUUAUUACCCAAGCUGUAGCUGAGCCGCCAUAAAAUAGGCGCAAAAGCAUCCAAGGAGUAAAUUGUACCGGGUACCACUACCCAUUCACCUCACCUGGGUCGAGUGCAGCACAAUGUGGGUAAGUUUCUUUUGCGAAAGAAAACAUGCCAUGGCUGGUAUUCAAACCCACGUCCCCAUAAUUGAAAGACGACAGUCGUUACCACUAGAUCAUGACGCCCCCAAUAAAAUAUUCUUGUAAUUGCUGCUUGCCAAUAUUGUUUCAUGAAUUUGUGAUUAUGAAUGUAUUUUACUAUGCAGGAGGUUGUACUUUGUUUCAGACAUCUUUGAAAACUUCAGCAAUGACAAUUGUUUUCUCUUUUGUUUAUACUU